AUGCCCACUACUCUCCUCUCUCAUGAUAUAGAUGACUCGAUCCCGAAAGGAGUGCACGACAUUGCCAUCGCAGAACUUGUCCUUUUCUCAGUCAUCCAUAUUAUCCAAAUUCCCAUGAGAUAUAUGCAAGAGUCUCGAUAUUGGCACCACAACAAAAAGCCACAUCCUGCACGCUGCUUUUUCUACUGCUGGUGGAGUAUGGUUGGCUUAUUGGCCCAAGUCCGUAUAGCAAGCGCAGCCAUGAUUGUUUCGACCUCACACCCAAGUCAAGCCAUGCUGAUUGCGGAGAUUAAUCUGCAAAGUGUAGGCCUUUCACCGCUUUUAUUUGAAGUCAGCCUUGUUCUUUUGAGAUGUGGCCAGACCGGAGAAUACGGGCCUGGGAAAUCAAGAUACUCGAAAUUGCAGCGCUUCGCGAUACAUGCUUUCAGAUUCCCUGUAUUUGUUGCCAUUGUUCUUGCAGUGGCUGGAGGAAGCAUUGAAAUGCACACUCUUAGUGAAGCAGGAUCCAUGGUUCUCGUCGUCACCUUUGCAUUUGUUUGUGGCCUGGUUGUUUGGUUCGUAUUGAAGUCUCGUUCAAUUUUGCCUGUGAGAGGACACCAUGGGAUUUUGUUAAUUUCUCUCACUCUUCCAUUCCUGUGCGUUCGGAUUAUUUACUUUUUGUUGCUAGAGUAUGGACCCCCACGUUUCAAUCCUGCCUCCGGUGACGUUGGUGUGCUAGCUGGUAUGGGGUUGUUGAUGGAGGUCAUUAUCGUCAUUCUGCUAUUGGCCACACGUGCUAUCAUCGAGCCAAUGAGGCUGACUGAGAUGGAGGAUUAUAUCACGCCGAUUGACAUUGAAGGCUCUGCAAACUGA